UCCGCCACCGCCGUGGUCAUUCGAACUCAUCUCUGCCGCCGCCGUUCUCACUUGGGGUACAUUAUGCUUCCACUGGCUCCUCCUCAUCCUUGCCUUUUUUUUGUUCAAUUGCUCUAUUCCCCCUCAUUUCAGUCUCUCAAUUUACAUGAAUUGUGUUUGAAUUAUCUAAUUAUUGCUCUCUUGCUCUGUCCUCUCCUCUCUUCUCUCCCGCUGAAACUGUAAAUUAAUUAACCCUAAUUUUCAAUGUCGAAUUUUGGCUUAAAAGAACCUUAAAAAUGCUUUAAAUUUAUCUCUGAUUGUAUCCUACAAAUUUGGUGUUGGUUCAGGCUCGAGACUAAGAAACCUGAAAUUUUUGUUCAUGGGUUUUGCUUAGGUUUUAAACUAAAUUUAAGAUUUCACUGUAAUUCGUUCCUUGGUGUAACACGUUGUAUUUGGGUUUGUAGAUUCAAGAUUUGCUUGUCAACUUUUUGAACAUUGUGGUGAGUUUUGACACUGAUUUUGGUGGAAUUCGGGUUGUUUAUCGCUCUGGCGUUGGUGAGGCUCGUGGUGUCGAGCUUCGUAAUGUUAUGGAAGCCAUGGAUGUGCUAGGAAUACUUGAUUAUGGGCUUGCAAGGACCGCUGACUUAUUCAUCAAGCAUGUCAUUGCUCCUGCAGUGAAAUUUAACUCCCCUGUUUCGUUUCUGGAAGAAUCUAGUGGUAGCUUGGUCGAGAGCAGUGACAAAAUCUUGAAGAUAGUCUCAAGUCUAGAGCCGAAGACAGAUGACAUUGAUAGCGAUGCUCUAUUCUCAAGAAUGACGAUAGUUGUUAAGUUUAUCCACCAGUAUAUAUGUCUUGAAAAUGGUCCUUGGAUGCGUUGUUUCGGAAGGUUGCGUGGCCAAGAAUGUCUGAGCUUAUUAUUUCUAACUUCCUCUCAAAGGUUGUCCCUGAUGAUGCUUCAAAGUUAGUUGAUUUUCAGAAGAUCAUGAACUCUUCUUCUGAAUUUGAGAUUGUUUUACAGGAGAUUAUGUUCAUUUCCAAAUCUGAUAAGAAUGAUGAAAGAUUAAGCAACUUUGCUGAUAACGUGGAGGUACACUUUGCUGUGAGGAAAAAGAGAGAAAUGCUGGCAAAUG